UAUAUAAGCAUUAUUAUAGAUUAGACUAUCCAACAGUGUUAUAAAGAGUUAAAUUUUUUUCCACCUUGUUGUUGAGGGGGGGUUGGUAAGUGAGAUAUCAACAGAUAAAUUCAGUCAGGGGGAAGUAGUCCUUUCUCUUCUCAUUUCAACCUUGUCCAAGUCAUCCAAACUCAGGAACAAUGGCAGUUGCACAAGCGUCUGUUGUACUGGAAGACUGUCCGGUUCAAGUUGCCUGUCCUCAUUGCAAUCAGACAGUACUCUCCAAGAUGGAGUACUCCAACGGUUUGCUCUCCUACCUUUCCUGUGUAGGCCUCUUCCUCUGUGGCUGUGCUCUAGGUUGCUGUCUCAUCCCGUUCUGUGUGGACCACCUGAGAGAUAUCAAGCACAUCUGUCCUACCUGCAAGACUGUACUUGGUGCUCAUAAACGUUUAUAACUAAUAUGGUGUCCUUACAGUUAACCUUUAUCUCACUCAUCAGCAAACCUGAGUUAUUCAGAAUUUUUUAAUUAAUUAAUAAAGGUUGUCACUGACA